CGGACCUGCCGUGGGUCGCGCGCCUCACACGAACUCGCACCCUCGCCGCAUUCGCACCACUCACCCCGAGCGAGCGCGUGCCGCGUAGUACGGCCGGCCGAUACCUCCCGCGCUACCGACCUCCUCCGACUUCGCAAUCUUUGUUCUCAAACACUUUCCAAGUCUAGAUCCUAAACUUUGAUACUCAGUUGUUGACUUCAAACUUCCCAGCGAAGGCGGUGGAGUGAAUCGGGCGCAGGUUGAAUAAUAUGUAAUACGUCACGCCGAGUGACGAACAUCGACUUUAUCUAGUGCGUGUGUGGUACUUGGUGCAUUAGAGUCGCCGACAGCGAAGAUGGGCAAGAAAAACUCGAAACUAAAACAAGAUACGAUCGACCGGUUGACGAGUGCAACUUACUUUACGGAGAAGGAAAUCCGGCUGUGGCACAAAGGAUUCCUGAAGGACUGUCCGAAUGGUCUCCUGACCGAGCAGGGGUUCAUAAAGAUCUAUAAGCAGUUCUUCCCGCAAGGUGAUCCCAGUAAGUUUGCAUCCCUCGUGUUUCGGGUGUUCGACGAAAACAACGAUGGGUCCAUCGAGUUUGAGGAGUUCAUUCGAGCACUAUCGGUGACGUCACGGGGAAAUCUAGACGAAAAACUGCACUGGGCCUUCCGACUCUACGAUGUUGAUAACGACGGCUACAUCACACGCGACGAAAUGUAUAAUAUAGUAGACGCGAUCUAUCAGAUGGUGGGCCAGACACCACAACCGGAGGAUGACAACACUCCUCAGAAGCGUGUCGAUAAGAUCUUCGACCAGAUGGACAAGAACCAUGAUGAUCGCCUGACGUUGGAGGAGUUCCGUGAGGGCAGCAAGGCUGACCCCCGCAUUGUCCAGGCUCUGUCCCUUGGAGGCGAUUAAUCGACGGUCAUCCUCUCGCCGGACUUCACAUUUACUUAGAGAGCUAAUAUCAUUCCGCCGCUUGUGUCUAUGUAAUAAUUUGUGUACUAUUGUAUAUAUAAUACCCAUGUAUAUCCUAUAUAUUUUAAAUAUAGGUAUUAUGUAACCUAUUAUCUGUGUUAAGUCUUAGUAUCUGCAUAAUUUGUCUGUAUUCGUUUAUAUUUGCAG